GGGAGGAGUGAGAGAGCAAACGAGACGGGAGAGUGUGCGGGCGGAUCGCAGGCUGUGAACGAGAUGCAGCGAGUGGGAGAGAGACGAAGGAGCCACAACAUCUGAAAGUUUUAAACCAAUGAUCGCGGUCGGUGAUGCGAGGCAAGACUGGGGGUUCCUCCAACAUGUGGAAGAAAAACAAAUUCCACAUCAUGGACUGCUUCAGACAGAGACAGAUUUAGGUUCCACCGCUGAGAGAGGGCAUUCUCCGUCACGUUAUUAUUUUGGGGAGGGAGGAAAUGUAAAGGCGAGAUAGGGGGCUUUAAAAAAAGAUAUUAAAGUGAGGAGGCUACGGAGAUUGAAAUGCAUCGGGGCCUCAAGCUGCACUGUUCUCCGAGAACUAAAUAUUGCUUUAGUGUUUAUGAAAGUGAACACGUAGCGGCACGGAAAAAUACUCGAGGAGUUACUCGACAUCGACAAGGAUUUAAAUGAACAUCAGCUGUUACUCAGGAGCAGUGGCACAGUGGACGACAAGAGCAUCAACUCCCUGGGAAAGUGAGGACCCCCGCUAACGUCUCACCGCGGAAGUACUAAUCGUGUCGGGAUUAUUGCCAGCAUUGGAGUUUGAAGUGGAAACCCGUUUGUUUUUUUAAUUCCCUCCAAACAGUGGAUCCUCUACUGAUUUUGAGCUACUUUCUUUUGGUUCGUCCAGUGCAACAGGGAUGAAGCAUCCUGUGCAUUGACCCCGAGCCACCACGCCCCCCACACUGCGUCCUUGCCCGAGGGACACAGUGACCAUGCUGACCGAGUGUCCAACACCAGAAGGAUCAGAGCCCCGACCCGCGCUAAGGCCCGCUGCAGCACCAUGUCUCAAGCAGUCGCAUCUGAGCUCGAGGCUAACGGCUCACAGUCUGGAGGAGAAGCCGAGGUUAAGCUGAAAUGGGCCGCCCUGCUCAUCGUCAUGGUCAUAGUCCCCACUAUCGGAGGGAACAUCCUGGUCAUUCUCGCCGUGUCACUUGAAAGAAAGCUGCAGAACGCCACUAACUACUUUCUAAUGUCGCUUGCUGUGGCUGAUCUGUUGGUGGGACUCCUCGUGAUGCCCGUUGCCCUCCUCACUGUUCUCUACGACUCUGACUGGCCUCUUCCGGAGCCCCUCUGCCCUAUUUGGCUUUUCCUCGAUGUGCUCUUCUCCACCGCAUCCAUCAUGCACCUAUGCGCCAUUUCACUGGAUCGCUACAUUGCCAUCAAGAAGCCAAUCCAACACAGCCAGUACAAAUCGAGAGCCAAAGCGAUGGUGAAGAUUGCACUGGUGUGGCUCAUAUCCAUUUGUAUUGCAAUCCCAAUUCCGAUUAAGGGGCUUAAGAACCACCAUCUUCCCAACAACGUCACCUUCAACAGUAACCACACAUGCAUGCUGAAAACAGACACCUUCCACAAGUUCAUCAUGUUUGGCUCCUUGGCGGCAUUCUUCAUCCCGCUGACCAUCAUGAUGGUCAUCUACCUGCUUACAGUCCAGGUGUUGCGCAAAAAGGUGUAUUUGCUCAGGUCAAGGGUGACUCAGCGCUUUAGCUACCCGACAGUCUCCACAGUCUUUCAAAGGGAACAGGCUGCGACUCCACCUCAAGCAGAGCAACUUCACAAUCUGGACAGCAGACUUCCCAGGAUGCAAGAAAAAACAUAUGCGGAUGCAACAAACUCUCCUACAAGAGAUGAAAUAUCCUUUCGGAGAAUGUCGACAAUUGGCAAGAAGUCAAUGCAGACUCUAAGCAAUGAGCAGCGCGCCUCAAAGGUGCUCGGCAUCGUCUUCCUCCUGUUCGUAGUCAUGUGGUGCCCCUUUUUCAUCACCAAUAUCACCUCUGUGCUAUGCACCAGCUGUGAUGUUCGUGUAAUAGCCCGCCUCAUGGAGAUCUUUGUCUGGGUGGGUUACGUGUCAUCGGGCAUCAACCCGUUGGUCUACACCCUAUUCAACAAAACUUUCAGGCAAGCGUUCACGCGUUACAUGACCUGUAAUUACAAAACCUCUGCUAGCCACGGUCCAGGAAGGCACCCGAGGGCAUCAAACGCGGAUCGGACCCGUACACGGAUUUCAUUCAGAUCUUCCGUGGCAGAAAACUCUAAACUGUUCAUGAAGCGUGGAAUGAAGAACGGCAUGGUUAGCUACCAAAGUCCACUGAGGAGCCGGCAAGAACCUGUACAGUCCUCCAGCGGUGUUUUGCUAGACACAAUGCUUCUGACUGAAUAUGAAGGCGGUAAGCAGGAAGAACAUGUUAGCUGUGUAUAGAAAUACCAGACAAUUGAAUAAUAGGGAGCACUUUAAAAUGGAUCAUAUUUAUGAUCUGACCUUUUUUUUUUUUUAAUCUCUUUAAAGAUGACGGCUAGCCCCACAGCUAACAUUCUGAAUCUGCUGUUACUCUCAAUUUGAUUGACAAAUAAUUUAAUGCCAGUGCUCACUGUAAACUAAAAGAAAAGGCAAUAUUAUCAAUUAUGAUCAUUUCAGAAACACACGUCAUGCAUAAGUCAAACUCUACUGUUAUAUAUGUGAAUAUAUGGUCAACAUAUGUCUCACUGGGCCUUUAACACAGGCCAAAUGAAUAAUGUGAAUGCUCAAAGACAGCCAGACAGCACAUAGCGUACCAGAAGAGAGUUUGGGUAUUCAAACGUUAUCAAACCUUGUGAUGACCUGUAACAGGUACACUAGAACACAGGAGUACGUCCUCGUCUAUGAAAAAUCAAAAGUCGACAAACUUCUGGCCGCCAGACAAACAUGUUAGGAAUGAAGACAUAAUGAUAACCUUUAAAUUCUCUGUGCAGACAUGCAAUGUCUAUGCUGAUCCUUUCUCGUUGGGCUAUUUGAAUAUGCUGUUAACCAUCUCAGACCACAUGCUUUUAUAUUUUGUUAAGACAAAAGACUCUACCUUUCAAAUCUUUUCUGCAGCAGACACAUGAAAUACAUUGCACUCUUGAAAUUAUACUUAUUGCAUCUGCUGGACCUUUGAGGAGCACUCUUGUAUGUGUAUUGCAGGCUGAUGUUUUGACAUGUUAGACGUUUUCAAAAUAAAUGACUGUAAAAGAACAAAAUCCAGAUAAAAUAUAAACCUCAAUGUGUUCAACUAGAUAUUUUCUGUGUUGCUGUUCUGAAAGAAAACUGAACAAAUAGUUUCUUUUACUGUCAAUAUCUACAUUAUUAUGCUUCUUUAU